AUGAUUUCUUGUAUUCCUGCUUCUUCGCACUUCUUGGUGGGUGGGACGUACCGCGUCUCCCCGACGAGAAUCGGGUCUGGAGGGUUUAGCGAGGUCGUCCUCGGCAUGGACAUGGGCACCAGAGAGAACGUUGCCGUCAAGCUGGAGCGACGCUCGUCUCGAUACCCGCAACUCUUACGGGAACACCAAUUGUACGAGGCGUUAGAAGGAGCGGAUGGGCUUCCACGAAUCCGGUGGUUUGGUCGUGCUCGGGAGUACAACGUGCUCGUGAUGGACCUGCUCGGCCCCUCGUUGGAGGACCUCUUCAACAUCUGCGGGCGUCAGUUCAGCCUCCAAACCAUCCUCCUGCUCGCCGACCAGAUGUUGGAACGCCUCCAAUUCAUCCACGACAACAGCAUCAUCCAUCGCGACCUCAAACCCAACAAUAUGGUCAUGGGCCUCGGCGACAAGGCGAACAAGCUCUUUCUGAUCGACUUUGGCCUGGCCGAGGUCUACCGGACGUCAUAUUUUCACCUGUCCUAUAACCAAAACAAGACGCAGGGUGUCGCCGGGACGGCGGGGUACACCUCGCUCAACGCCCACCUCGGGAUCCGACGAAGUCGACGGGACGACAUGGAGUCGAUUGGCUACAUUUUGGUCUACUUCCUCCGCCGCGGUCUGCCCUGGAUUGGCCUCGACGCCUCGAACAAGGAGGCCCUCUGCGCACGGAUUUUCGAGGUCAAGUCCACCACCACGAUUGAAACGUUGUGCCAGGGCUGCCCCCCGGAGUUCGCGACGUAUCUGAACUACUGUCGCGGCCUGGCUUUUGAGGAGGGGCCGGACUACAAAUACUUGCGCUCGCUCUUCCGCCGCCUCUACCGGAAGCUGUUCAACAACGGGGAGGACGCCGAGUGGGACUGGACGCGGUUCAUGAAGGACAACCCCCCGCAGCUGACCACGGGGGCCCCCAAUCAAGGCCAAUUCUGCUCCAACUGGUGAUCAUCAGGGAGGAGAGUCACGUUUUCAAGAUAGUUUUUCAUGCAAAUUUCCACAAUGCAAAGGGAAAUACGACAUUGUUUUAGAUCCACGUGGUCAACCCACGUGUGACAUUAUAAGUUAAAAUUAUCAUGAUAAAAUUCAAUCAUGUUGAACAUACAUUAAUUAAAUUAUGCUUUUAAUUGAUUAUUAUUAUUUCAAGUGAAAGCUAUUUGUGUGUUGGGUUAAGG